AAUCCCAAUUUCUUCUCUUUCCCUCUCACGGCCGUUUAAUCGUUUCUCAAAUACUACCCGUCGUUUCCUCCCGCCGGCGGCAGGCUUCAAUUGCUUUCUGAGAUUUUCUAUUGCUUUGUUUUCCAUUAACGCCGUUAACAGAUGGGAAGACCGCCGAGUAACGGAGGUCCUACUUUCCGUUUCAACGCCACUGAGGUCGCUGAGAUGGAAGCUAUAUUGCAAGCACAUAAUGCUACAAUGCCAGCUCGUGAAGUUCUCGUAGCUCUUGCUGAGAAGUUUAGUUCUUCAGCGGAGAGAUCUGGAAAAAUUAUGGUUCAAAUGAAACAAGUUUGGAACUGGUUCCAAAAUAGACGAUAUGCUAUUAGAGCAAAAACAGCUAAGGUUCCUGGUAAAUUUAGUACCCCGUCAGUGCCUCAAAGUGAUUCAGCUAUGGUAAGAACUCCUGCAAAAUUGAGUGCGUCACCUGUGCCUCAGAGUGAUCCAGCUGCAGUAAGGAUUAUGCCCCAAGCUUCUCAACCCAUAUCUUCUCCUCAAGUGAAAUCAAUGCCCCAAGCGCCUCAACCUCUACCUGCUCCAUCAGUGGCAGCACAAAAUGUGGGCAGGAGUGCUUCAGAUAACAUUCAAAUGGAGUUUGAAGCUAAAUCUGCAAGAGAUGGUGCAUGGUAUGAUGUAGCAAGCUUCCUAUCACAUAGAUCUGUGGAAACUGCUGAUCCGGAAGUCCUGGUUCGAUUUGCGGGGUUUGGAGCAGAGGAGGAUGAGUGGGUAAAUGUAUGUAAGCACGUAAGACAGCGAUCCCUUCCAUGCGAAUCGUCAGAAUGUGUUGCAGUUCUCCCUGGUGAUCUGAUUCUUUGCUUCCAGGAAGGCAAAGAGCAGGCUCUGUACUUUGAUGCGCAUGUCCUUGAUGCUCAAAGACGCAGACAUGAUGUGAGAGGUUGCCGUUGUCGGUUUCUGGUUCGUUAUGAUCAUGAUCAGUCUGAGGUAUUCAAUUAAUCCUUUUUUCUGUAAUUUUCUGCUUUUAUCUCUAUACUAGUAUACAUACCCGCGCAAUGCGCGGAUAAUUGACAAAUAUAAUCAUGAAU